GGCUAUCCACAGCGAGUAAUUUAAUUAAAUUUACAGCACCAAAGUCUGACUAAUUACUGUUUUCUAUAUAAUGUGGUUGUGCUAUUUUGCACAAAACAUUUGCAAAACACAUAGGAGUUAACUAAAAUCAAAAUGGCCUGUUUUGAAGACGGCAAAUAUUUAAUUGAGAACGUUUUAACAAAGCGAUAUCUGUUCUCAGCCGGAGAUAAAAUUGAAGGCAACAGAGGAGACGAAGGUGGCUGGUUGUCAAGUCCAAAUUGUGUCGGUGCCGAUGCAAACUACGACAAUAGAGCCUACUGGAAGUUUGUUCCUCGAGGUAAUGGCAAGUAUUUCAUUGAAAACUUGAAGACCGAGCGCUAUCUGUUUCAAAAUGGAAACAAAAUUAAGGGUGAUCGAGGUGCAGAAGGCGGUUGGACGAGUAACCCAGGAUUUGGAGUUCCCCUUUGUGUCGGUUCUGACGCAAACUACUUCGAUCGAGCUUACUGGAAACUUGAACCACAAGGAGAGGACAGGUAUUUCAUUGUCAAUGUGCAAACACAGCGUUAUUUGCUCCAGGAGGGCUCAAAAAUUGAAGGAAACCGAGGUGAUGAAGGCGGUUGGCUUAAAGCACCGAAAUGUAUUGGCACUGAUGCAAAUUACUAUAACCGUGCUUUUUGGAAAAUACUCAAACAGUAAUCCGACUUUG